UAACUGGGUCACCAUGCUGUACAGUAGAAAAAAAAAUGUAUUGGGGACAUAAAAAAAAUGACAGCUGGCAGAAUUCGUGCUCAAUAAAUAAUGGAAAGUUUAAAUUUUGUUACUUGGUUAAUAAGUAACCAAUUCAGACUGGGCACUGCUGUUAGUUAUCCAUUGCUGUCAUCAUGUUCAUCACUGUUCAAAACCCUUUAACUCUCCCUGUUCACCACUGUACCAAAGCCGACUUUCUCCAGUUAAAUGCAGAAGUAACUGCAAGGCAACAGGAGGUCUCAUUUCAUUUGCUAGAGGCAGAGUUUGGGGGUAGGAGGGACGAGGAUUCAUGUAGUGACCCUGACGUUUUAGAGAAUAGCUCAACACAGGGAACAGAGACAGUUCUGUAUCGCGGAGGGAUUCAGAGAACCCUGAUUCUUGUUCCAAAUCCAGGAACCCACUGCCCUGACCCUCAUCCAACCCAGAAGAAACUUCGUUUUGCUAAGGUUCAAGGUCCCCAUGAAUAACUUUUGGAGUCACCAAAGAAGGUCCUUACCCAGCAUGACCCGGUCCCCCUCACUCUCCUGCACUCCGUCCUCCUGGAGACGGCAGGGUGCAUGGAUGGGCAGCUCUCCCAGCCCAGCCACCUCCCGCACGACCUCUGUGCCCAGAGGUAACAGUCCUGGAGGCGCAGGGCCUGGCCGCGCCGCCAGGAGGACCUCAAAGCCGUGGGAUGGGGCUGCGAGUGGGAGUCCAGGGGAGGCACCAGGCACUAGCGAGGCCCUGGCGAUGAGGCCAGAUAAGGGGAGACUGAGACCUCAGCCCAGGAGCCCCGGGCUGCACGCAUGGCCACUGUGGGGCCGCGUCGCCGAGCCCCCGUCACUGUCCCUGUCACUCGACGCUUCCUCCGCCGCCUUGGAGGACGCCCAGCAACUGGUCACGGGGGUGUGGGGCCCUUCCGAGGGAAGCUGUGGCCAGGCCGCCCCCCGCCCCCGACAGGCGCCAGAUUCAGCGAGUACUCUCCGUCUUCCUAGGCGCCCCAGGCGCCCGCUUGGGCCCACGUGUGCGCUUGUUUUCCCAAGGCUCUGAGCAUGCAAAGGGGAGGACCACGUUCCCGUCCAGGGUGGGCUGGCGCUAGUGGGGCGAGGAGAAAAUUGCAAUGAAUGCGCUGCGGCGGCUGUGCCUGUGGGAGCUCAGUGGACGCGCUCAGCCUGUGAGUGUGUUUCAGGGAAGGCGACUGGAGGAAAUGAGGCGGAGGUGAGGGUAUUGGGAGACCAUGUGCUGCAGGGCCUAAGAAAAUGGGCUUUGGGAGUUCCCCUCCCUGCACAGUGGAAAUGAACCUAACCCAUAUCCAUGAGGAUGCAGGUUCGAUCCCUGGCCUCACUCAGGGGUUAAUGAUCUGGUGUUGCCCUGAGCUGUGGUGUAGGUUGUGUAUGGGGCUUGGAUCUGGCAUUGCUGUGGCUGUGGUGUAGGCAGCUCCCAUUCGACCCUUAGCCUGGGAACCUCCAUAUGCCACGGGUGUGGCCAAAAAAAAAAAAAAAA